AUGUCCGAAAAAGAAAAAACUAAAAAAAAAUCAUCACUUAUUACUCCCUUUAGCAUUGCUGCCAAAGGGAAUAAACAACAAACUAUAAAUAGUAGUUCUGAGGAUUAUUCAAGUGAUGAAUUUGAAACUUCAGAACCUUCAAAUAAUAAUAAUAAUCCUCGUAAUCUUAAAGAUUUGUACAAAUUAAUAAAAAUCCAAUAUAAUAGUUAUCAAGAUGAAUUUAGUGUUGAGUCUAAUACAUUAUCUUUUACAAAUGACCAGCUUCUAAAUAAUGAUAACUUGCAGGCACCAUAUGCUAGCUAUACAAAUGAUAAAGCAGCUCAUAGAUUUAUUAAAGCAAUUGAACGUGUAAUUGAACAAUCAACUUUUAAAGAAUU